ACAAGCUAGAUGCAGACUACAUCAAGAGGUACCUGGGGGACCUGACCCCGAUGCAGGAGAGCUGCCUCAUUCGCCUGAGGAAGUGGCUGCAGGAGACACACAAAGGCAAAAUCCCAAAGGACGAGCACAUUUUGAGGUUUCUGCGUGCCCGGGACUUCAACAUCGAUAAAGCAAGAGAGAUCCUUUGCCAGUCACUGACCUGGCGUAAGCAGCACCAGGUAGACUACAUUCUGGACACCUGGAACCCUCCACAAGUACUCCAGGAUUACUAUGCAGGAGGCUGGCAUCACCAUGACAAAGAUGGUCGCCCACUGUACGUUCUGAGGUUGGGGCAGAUGGACACCAAAGGCCUAGUGCGAGCGCUGGGGGAAGAGGCUUUGCUUCGAUACGUUCUUUCAAUAAAUGAAGAAGGACUGAGGCGAUGUGAGGAGAAUACAAAAGUGUUUGGCAGGCCAAUAAGCUCUUGGACCUGCCUAGUAGAUCUGGAAGGCUUGAACAUGCGGCAUUUAUGGAGACCUGGUGUCAAAGCAUUGCUGAGGAUCAUUGAGGUGGUUGAAGCUAAUUACCCUGAGACUUUGGGUCGUCUUCUUAUCCUAAGAGCACCUCGAGUAUUCCCAGUUCUUUGGACACUGGUUAGCCCAUUCAUUGAUGACAACACUAGAAAGAAAUUCCUUAUUUAUGCUGGAAAUGACUACCAGGGUCCUGGGGGGCUGCUGGAUUACAUCGAUAAAGAAAUUAUCCCUGAUUUCCUUGGUGGAGAGUGCAUGUGUGAAGUACCAGAGGGUGGGCUGGUUCCCAAGUCCCUCUACCGGACAGCAGAAGAGUUGGAAAAUGAAGACAUAAAGCUCUGGACUGAAACAAUCUACCAGUCUGCAAGUGUCUUCAAAGGAGCUCCACACGAGGUUCUCAUUCAGAUUGUGGAUGCCUCAUCAGUGAUCACAUGGGAUUUUGACGUGUGCAAGGGUGACAUCGUUUUUAACAUCUUCCAUUCCAAAAGAGCUCCACAGCCUCCUAAAAAGGACUCUCUGGGAGCUCACAGUAUUACAUCUCCUGGCGGGAACAAUGUCCAGUUGAUAGACAAAAUCUGGCAGUUGGGGCGUGAUUACAGCAUGGUGGAGUCUCCCCUCAUCUGCAAGGAAGGGGAGAGUGUGCAGGGCUCCCAUGUGACCAGGUGGCCUGGCUUCUAUAUUCUGCAGUGGAAAUUCCACAACAUGCCUGCCUGUGCUACAACCAACCUGCCUCGUGUGGAUGAUGUACUGGCAUCUCUGCAGGUCUCCUCUCACAAAUGUAAAGUGAUGUACUAUACAGAAGUGAUAGGAUCUGAAGAUUUCAGGGGAUCUAUGACCAGCCUUGAAUCAAGCCACAGUGGAUUCUCCCAGCUCAGUGCUGCCACCACCUCUUCUAGCCAGUCUCAUUCCAGCUCCAUGAUUUCCAGGUAGUGCCACAACAGAUGAAAAGCAAAUGGAUGUGAUGGCUGGACCCUCGCCCGUGGCAGCUGACUGCAAUACAGCAUAUUCAACUGGCAAUUGUGCAAAAAAACCCCAUCCCAUAAAACCCUUUUAUAGAUAGUGAAGUAGCUGUUUGAAUUUUACACUUAGUGGUUUUGGUCUUUGUUAGAUCCAACAGCUUGUCUCUUAACUUUAACCCUUUUUCCUAACUCAGCCAUAUAAAUAUUUUUGCAAGUUUGCUUGCACAAAUCCUAACUCUGAACACAAGGGCUCUUGUUGAAAGGAAAAACAACCAGUGCAUCAGUUAAGAAUGUUUGGUUUUUAAACUGUGCAAUUGUUACAAAGCAAAAAAAAAAAGAGAGAGAAACCCUACCAAAAAUGCUCCAUAUAGUGCAUUAGAGAUCAACUGCAAGUCUGUCAGGACAUUCCUUGCCAUCCUAAGGAAAACCCCCUGUGAUCUUCCAGUGCUGCAAACUGUUCUCCUGUUGCCACUAAUGAUGUCCAAGACAAAGGGAAGCAGUUGCUGGAUACUUGACUUUGUGAGUCCGUUUUUUUCAAAGCAUGCCCACAGAGCU